AUGGAAAUAAAUAUUGUUCCUGUAGAAGGUAAUACAGCAAGGAAAAAGAUCCGCAAUAAAUCACAAUGGAAACGCAAUGUAAAACGGCGUGAAAGAUCUGCAACUGCAACAAGGAAAUAUGUUCCAUCUGAUUUAAAUAUUAAAAAGAUGUGGAAAAUGUAUCAAACAAAUCAACAAGAUGAAUCUCUUAAGGUGAAUAUGAGUACAUUGAAGAUAACUGACGUUGAAAAGUUGUUAACAAAACACUUUGGUGGCAACUGGCAGUCCAAUGAACAGCUUUCAUUUAAUAAAAAUAUACUAGAAACAAAUUCCGAUGGUGGUGUUAAUGUUGAGCAAAGCGAUGAACCAUGUGAGCAUCUAGAAGAAGCGCCGGCAGAAGAUAGACAGGUCACCGAAGGUCAAGCCGAAGGCACAGAACUGAAAUAUGACCGUUUUCCACCCCGGAGCGAGGAAAACGAUUAUUACAGGUCUUGCCGAGGCUUGACCGAAGGCCUAGCCGGCUCUUCCGAGCAAGUUACUGACGGAAGCCAGCCGACGCCACGCGCGCGGGGUGAGCGCGUCCCCUCAUCCCGCGCCCGCUCGCAGAACACGACACAAGACAUAAGAGGCGUCUGUAGCCACGACGCAGAGCAUGGAACAAAACGGGACUGA